AAGCAAUUGUUUUAGAUUACAUUCCGCGGACUGUUGUGACUCUUGUGACAAUUGACUCUUUAUAGAUACAAUACAGGCGUAUAUAUGCGCGUGUAAUUUCCAAGAGUGAGUGAUAACUGUAUCAGCAGAAAAAACCCUCAAAUACUCUGCAAUUCUCAGCUCAUUCCCUCUUCAAUCAGUACAACGAAAUCUGCAAAAAUAGAUUCGGAUAAGAAGAGGAAGAAGACAUCGAUCUCUUCAGCAGAUCGACCGUCGGACAAGCACAAGAAAAAGUCCAAAAUGUCCUCAUCCUCCUCCGGCGGCGAAAAAGUCAGGGCUUCCCAUAUACUCAUUAAGCAUCGGGGAUCACGUCGUAAGGCUUCCUGGAAGGAUCCAGAAGGCCACGUCAUCUCCAACACCACCAAAGACGCCGCCGUCUCUCAGCUCAAAUCUCUCCGUGAAGACAUUGUCUCCGGCAAAGCUAAGUUCGAUGACGUGGCUGCUACUCAUUCCGACUGUAGCUCCGCCAAACGCGGCGGUGAUCUCGGUCCAUUUGGCAAAGGUCAGAUGCAGAAACCUUUUGAAGAAGCAACAUAUGCUCUAAAAGUUGGCGAGAUAAGUGACAUCGUGGAAACUGACAGCGGGGUUCACAUCAUCAAGAGAACAGCAUAAAGCUGUGAAUAUAGUGUGAUGCUUGUGGAAGAAUGACUGCCCCGGUGAUGCAGUAUUCAUCUUUAAAUGUUGCCCACUAUAAUGCUUAUAUCGAUAAUUAUGAAGAUUAUAGCGAGAAAUUUUUUACUACUCGCCCUUUUAUUCUCAGGGUUGAGGUGAAGAUUUAAGAAAAUUUGACCAACAAAGGAUGAGACAUAUCUUUUGUUAUUUGGUUCUCUUUUAGUGGGUCUUUUCUGGGCAUUUUUAAUAUUUGCUGGAAACCUGUUUUGGCCUAAUUUUGUUUGCUGCA